GUGAUAGUUGAGGUGUUGACGUGUUUACUGCCCCCCUAUCGGGCCGGGCCGCGGCGUGUCUACACAGCUUCAACCUUUGCCUCCGUCCUUCUGCGCCAGCAGGCCCUCCGAUAUAAUGUGAUAUAAAGUCCGAGGAUAGGAAUAUAUCUUGGCCUUUCUUUGAUUAAAAGCUGCAUAUCAUCUCAAGCCUGGAUGAUCCCCCAAUGAUACCAAUGUUUCCUGUCAAUUUCUGUGCCACCCCUUUAACCACAAUAUGGAGAACUUUAAGGCUGCCCUCGUCUCUGACUUCCCCAUAUCUAACGUCUUCAUAUGUCUCGUUUGUAUUUCAGUACUCCGCUACAUGCUAUCCAGUGCAAGAUUCCAUACUACCAAAGGUAGUCAUGAAAAGAACCAACGGCCGCCUCUCGUGCCCUAUGCCAUACCCAUAUUAGGGACCCUUCCUUUCGCCUUUCUUUGGGAUCCUUUAAGGUUUUCGCAAACUUCUCCCGCAUUCUGGAAACGACAGCCUGUGCGGCUCAAGACUCUGUUCCGGGAGCUCUAUAUUGUCCAAGGAGCCAAAGAAAUACAUGACUUGGUUAGACAACGCUCGGCUUCCACCCUGUUUAUCCACCGCCUCUUCCUUGCAAAUGUGUUUCUACUUCCGAAGACGGCAGAGAGAACAUAUCGCAAGGAUGAUUCGGGAGAGCAUGCUAAACCAUACCCCGGAACUAUGGUGCAACACCGCAAUCGCGUCGAAUAUCAUGUCCGAAUCUCCCAGCAACGGCUUCUCUUAGGACCCGGACAAUCAUCCCUUUUCCGCCGGUUCUACUUGAAUGCCACAAAGCGCUUAACCACUCUAGACAUAGGCCCGGAGUGGUCUUACCUCCCGGAUUUCAUGUAUAUUUUCAAGUCCGCCCUGACAGCCGCGACUGUAGACUCUCUAGCUGGACCUGCCCUUUUGCUACGGCACCCUUCUUUCGCUCAGGAUAUGUGGGCUAUCGACGAAAAUGUUACCAAGUUCAUCCUUAAAACUCCCCGCUUCAUGAAUCCAAAAGCGCAUCAAGCUCGAGAUCGAGCGUUGGCCGCCGUGUUUGACUGGCAUGCUUGGGCGAGACAAAAUUUCACCCCUGACGCUGUUGACGGAGAGGGGAACGACCCAUUCUGGGGAUGCAGAUUCUUUCGCGAGAGACAAGAGACGUUCUCUAGCAUGGAUGGGUUUGAUGCGGUCGCUAUCGCAUCCGAAGAUCUUUCGUUCAUUUGGAGUGCAAAUACCAACGCUAUCAUCUCUUCGUUCUGGAUUACUUUGGAAGCCUUUCGUGAUCCUACACUCCUUCAGGCUAUCAGAGAAGAAGUAAGAGCAUGCGUCCAAACAGACCCGGACAGCCAGAUACCAUUCGAUGUUGCCAAGCUACUGAAGCAGCCACUCUUGCAAGCCGUGUUCGCUGAGAACCUAAGGCUACGCGUCCACGGGUUUCUCAUUCGUUAUCCGGAAUUAGGUGACAUCCAUAUCAACAAUUGGACUAUUCGACGAAACCAUUGGUGCAUUGCCAGUUCCACGCCAGCCUCGAUGGACCCCAAUUUCUGGUGCGCGGGAGAAAACUCUGCUUACCCAGUUGAUCGUUUCUGGCCGGGGCGCUUUCUCAAGAGAGAUCCUGACACAAAUGCUCUAAACUUUUCGCUUGGCGGGACUGAAGGUUCAUGGGUACCUUUCGGCGGUGGUCCACAUGCUUGCCCGGGUAGGAUGUUUACCAAGCGUCAAAACAUUCUAACGCUGGCACUGAUGGUCACUCUUUAUGACUGCGAGAUUUUGGCGAAUAAAUCAGACAUGGAACUGCAAUCCGGCGUAUAUCCACUUGGGACAGUGCCUCCUCAGGGCAAGGUUCCAGUCAGGAUGCGACGGAGAACGGCAACGUAACUAGUGGACCUUGAAUUGCGAAUGACGACAUCGUGAAUAUCGGAGGCUUACAUAGAUAAUUGCGCGAUACAGUGAUAAGUUCAUAAACACAUACAUCCUAUCUUCCAUAGUACUAUACCCGCUGGUAGUUCUAGGGCGUGUUUACUAAAAUAAUUACCGCCUUUUUUUGACAAUAUGAGAACUUGGCGGUAUCCACUUUAUUCUACGCUUUGCCAUUUAUGGCUAGCGUAUUCCUGAGGCUCUUGCAAUUUCCAUAUCAAAUCAAGUUAUUUUCACAAUAAAUAAAUAACCAUAAUUAUCCCAAAAA